UAAACUGGAACCCCGACUGUCAGCGGUUGUCGGAUCAUUUCCUGCUCCUGCAGAUUUAUCAGAUUCAGAAACUAACAACUUUUCCGAAAAGCUUUUACUUUGAAAAUCACAAACUGUGUCUUAAAAACAGGCAUGAGGAGAAGCUCCAAAACAUCUGUCCAUGUUUUCUGUCUCCAGGCGUCUCGGUCCAGUCCGGGGAAAAGUCCAGGUUCAAGACCCGCUGUUCUGUCAGAUCGUCAUGCGCUUAGCACGAACUGACGGCUGUAUCUGUCAGAGAGGUAUACUCUGUCAUCACCAUAUGAUUUUAUUUAAUCAGCAACACAGAAUCAUGACAAAGAUCGUCAGACACUUUAUUAACAGUAUUAACAUCCUGACUCAGCGGUUAACUAGUCAGAGCGUCAUCAAGCAGCAGGGAGGCCAUUUUUACACGGCGUGUUGUAGCUGCAGCUAGUCCCAGCUUUAAAUAGACUUUUAAACCACAACAUCACAUGUACAGUACAUCUGUCCAGUUAUCACUGAAAACAGUUUAUUGACUUAUUUUCAUCAUAAUUUGUAGCGUCGGCUUCUCCUGAUCUACUGGUUUCCUCCAUCUUGGUCCAACGUCUCCGCUCUGGUCUCAUCGGCUCUCCGUCCAGAUGUGGCUCUACCAACCUCAAGCCGGCGGCCAUCUUGUUUCUAGAGAGGAGAGGCUUUCUGUGUGAUGACCUUUAACCUUUAACUUGAUAUCUUGAAGUUUGUGCUGAGCAGCAGCAUUAACAGCAGGAGAUCCUCCUCAGAUAUUUAGAGCUUAAUAAUAUUUUUAUUCCGUUUCUGCUGAGAGCCGGCGGUUCUGAUCGGUUCUGAUCGGUGCUGCUGGGGUGAAACCAGGACAAAUGAGAGAGACGAUCCUCGGCUUCUGGAGUCUGCAGCGUCAGCAUCAUGCUGAGUUUCACAGAGUCAGAGAUCAGAGGCUUCAGGAUCUGGGUCAUGGAUCCAGAGGAUCAGAACCGGCAGAGAUCCAAGCCUCCAUCAGCGCCGGGGGAGCAGGCUCUGAUGGAUGGUUGGAUGCAUUAUGGAUGGAUGCUGGAUGUUGGGUGACAGUUGGAUGUUGUGCUCUGCAGUGACUCAGCCUCAGUCUGUAGGAGUUUCUCUGUUUUUGGGUUUUUCGCACAGAUAGAUGCUAAUCAGCAGACAGGAAGUUGAUCAGCUUUAAUCACCUGAGCGUGCUCAGAGCUGAUGGACGCUCUGAUAGGAGGAAUCUCCCCGAUCGGUUAUCUGAUCCCAGAUCAGAUCUGAUGGUCAUAAAUAAGCUGAUCUGACAGCAGAAGAAUCAGAAGCCGGACCAGAACACAGAGGAGCCGACAUGCUGCUGCUUCGCCGCGCCGCCGACACGCUGCUGGUCCUGUGCAGUGCAUUGUGGGUAAUCUCCGGGCAGCCGGCCUGUGACUCCAUGCUGGUUUUCUCCUCUGACGUUUCUCCGGCUGAAGGAAACGGGAACGUCCACCAGCGCUCGCUGUCGCCGUGGAGCUGGAGGUCCAGCACGGCGAAGAACCGGAUCCCGUCCACCAUCUGGGAGGCCAGCUGCAGCACCAAGUUCUGCUCCGAACUCAAACCGGGUCAGGAGGGAGAACACGACUGGAACUCCGUCCCGAUCCACCAGGACGUUCUGGUUCUGACCCGGAUGGAGGGCAGCCGCUGCUACAACGCCUCCUACCUCUCAGUGGCAGUGGGCUGCACCUGCGUCCGGGCCAGCACCGAGCAGAACUAGAGACCGGAACCAGAACCAGAACCGGACCCGGAACCAGCAUCAGAGCCGAGCAGAACUAGAGACCAGGACCAGAAAUCUAUGGUCCAGUAGUUUGAUGGAAACGGUUCUGGAUCCAGUUUGAUGUUCUGGUUCGACCCAGUUCCUCUGAGGUCCGGUCCUCCUGGUUCCGAUCCGUUCUGUUCAGAACUCUGACGGCUCCUCUUCCUCCUCAGAGCUCUGCGUUUCCAUAGAAACCGAUAUUUUCUGGUUCUGAACAAAUUUAUGAACACGGACUCGGACAGAACCGCUGUCUUCCGGCCCGGUUCUGAACCUGAAAUGUUUUUUGUUUAUUUAUUAAACCAGAAAAAUGUUUAUGAUUCGUGUGAAGAGCAGCAGAUUUUUCCAUUCCUGGCUGAACUCGGGUUCUGUUUGCGGUUCUGAUUCUGAAAUGUUCUGUUUAUUUACAUAUUCAUAUUUAUUAAACUGACUAAACUUUCCUUUUGACUCUUUCUGUACAGAAAUGUUGGAAAAUAUAAAGAUUCUGAAUCUUUGGGUUCUAAUCUGGUCCUGGUUCUGGUUCUGGUCCAGCUGAAGUUCUGUUCAAAUGUGGACUGUUUUUUAAUUCUUUAAUUUCAUAUAAAUAAACUGGAACUGAAGAAAUGUGAAUAAAUAAAAUCCAUCCA